AAGGGUUUCGCCAUGACGCCACCGACUGACUCCACAACGACAACGAACGCCCCCAAGUUGGAUUUCUCCGUUCAUAAGAUCCCGUGUCGAAGGAAGAAAGAGUGCUUCUUUCCUUUUUGAUCUAUUAAUCCCCACAGCACCUCUUUUUUCCUUCACUCUCCCUUUUCCUCUUCUCUAGCCAAAAAGAUAUCGUUAGGUUUCGAGCGCCGGUUGAUCGCGAGCGGAGCAGAUCUGGAGAAUGACGGGGAAGGAGAUCCUGCACAAGUUGAAAGCAAAAGCGGGGUUUGCUUCAUCGUCAGAGACUGGAAAGGGCAGGUGCAAGAUCUCUGGCAGGAAUAUCCGACAUGGCUAUCACUUGGUGAAGGGAAAAGCCAGCCAUCCAAUGGAGGACUAUCUGGUGGCGGAAUUUAAGAAAGUUGAUGACCAUGAAUUGGGAUUGUUUGCGAUUUUUGAUGGCCACUUGGGCCAUGAUGUUGCUGAUUAUCUGCGAUCUCAUCUAUUCGAGAACAUAUUGAAAGAGCCUGAAAUUUGGAGUGAUAUAGAAAGUGCAAUCAGGAAAGCAUAUGAUCGCACUGAUCAGAAAAUACUGGAAAAAGCAGCUGAGUUGGGAAGAGGAGGUUCUACUGCAGUUACAGCUAUUUUAAUAGAUGGAGUAAAGCUGGUGGUAGCUAAUAUUGGAGAUUCACGAGCUGUAAUUUCAAAGAAUGGUGUAGCCAGACAACUUUCUGUCGAUCAUGAACCAAGCACCGAGCAGCGUUUGAUUGAGGAAAAGGGAGGAUUUGUGUCAAACAUUCCAGGAGAUGUACCACGUGUGGAUGGGCAGCUGGCUGUGGCAAGGGCAUUCGGAGAUUGCAGCUUAAAGGCACACCUCAGUUCUGAACCUGAUGUGGCCGAUGAUGUCAUCGAUGAUGACACAGAGUCACUGAUCCUAGCAAGUGAUGGAUUAUGGAAGGUAAUGUCAAACGAAGAGGCAGUGGAUCUCAUCAAGGAUACGAGAGAUCCUCAAGCAGCUGCCAAGCAUCUGACAGAGGAGGCUGUUGCAAGGAAGAGCAAAGAUGAUAUUUCUUGCAUAGUAGUUAAAUUUACCUAGGUAAGAUGUUUCAGUUUACCGUAACUCCUAGCACCAGUUUAUAUUGGCUACCAAGUGUGGUUUGAUAUUGUUCGAAAUAAGUUAAAAGGGAUAUACAUAAUGCAGUGUAGAAUACUGUAGAUGAACAUUCCAAGUGUAGUCUCCAUAAAAUUGUGUUCAUCUUCCUAUCUCCUUUAUGAAACUCCAUUGGUUCGUGCAAGUGUAGAAGCAUAUUGUAAUUUUACUUUUGUUGCAUUUGUUUCA